CGCACACUCAGCCUUAUGAGCCACGCCCUCGCCACUGGUAUUACGGUGGUGAUGAGGGUCAGGAUGAGCCUUGGAUAUAUAAAGCGUGGUCAGGUGCUCUUCUGCCAGACAGCUCCUCAUCGGUGGGUCGACAUGAACACUCUGACUCUCUUCUGCUUGGUGGCGGCGGCCAGCUCCUGUAGUGCAGCCCAUUACUUGGGUUACCCAGGGGCUUAUGGCUUAGUGCCUUACAACUACCUAGGCUCACAUUACGCUCACCACGGUCUACCAUACAGUCUCGGCCCUGUUAAGUACAGUGUGGCCCACGGGGUGGCACCCGUGGCCCCUGUUAAGUACAGUGUGGCCCACGCGGUGGCACCCGUGGCCCCUAUUCAUUCUCAGUACCACGCCCAAGACGAGCUGGGUCAGUACUCCUUCGGCUACGCCGGCGGUCCCUCCUCUCGCUCUGAGACCCGCGACGCCUUCGGGAGAGUGAGUGGCUCCUACAACUAUGUGGACUCCGAGGGCAAGGUGCAGACCCAGCACUACGUAGCUGACGCCCUGGGCUUCCGUGUGUCUGGCACCAACCUGCCAGUGGCUCCCGAUGUCCCCGAGGCACCCGCUCUCGCCGCACCUGAGCCAGUGCAGGACACCCCUGAGGUUGCUGCCGCCAAAGCCGAAUUCCAAGCAGCGUAUGAUGAAUUUGCCGCCGCCGCCGAGGCCGCCCCUGACUCCCGCAAGAAGCGAUCGGUUGUGGCCCCAGCUGUCUAUCCUUACCACCAUCCCCUCCGCUUCUCCUACGCAUUCACCGCUCCUCUGACUUACAACUACCCCGCCCUGCACUACGCCGCCUACCCUGCCCACACCAGUUACGCCGCCGUCCCGGCCACUGUGCGUGACGCCACACUGCUGCGAGUGGUGCACAAUCCAGGUCACGCUGUUUCCUACCGGGUGGACUAGACGAGCUGGCUCGGCGACUUUUCUUUUUCAGUCUUCCAACACGAGCCAGGUGCCGUAGAGCGCCGCGACAGAGGCAUCCACGCUGCGGUGAGGCAAUUCCUGCCAGACCACGGCGUUGCUUCAGCAGGUGUUGACGCGCGCCGGUGCUCCGCAAGAGUCAAGAGUUGUUCCUGUUCAAGAUUGCACUAAAGUUAAUACAUAACAUAUAUACGUAAAUACUUAUAUCUUUACCGGUCCUUCAUGUGUCUCUUCAAAAGUGCCUUCAAAUCAAUGAUGUACGCCUACACACAAUUACUUCAAUUAAAUACAUGAUGCCCAAACUA